CAGUACCGGAUGUGGCUGUUGCCUGGUAACCGGGAAACGCAGGCCUCCCGGAGCGGCCGGAGAUAAAGACAAGAGAGGCCUUUCUCUACCCAGGUUGACACGUUUAAUAUUCAGGGGACUAUCAUCCGAAAUCCGGAGGGACGACUUGACAAAAAGCCUGAAGGUCAGGGGUUUUGACUUCGAGAUUAGUCUGAGGCUGAGAGGUCAAACCAGGUUUUACUUCACUGAAACAAUGACAUCAAUGAAGAAUAACUCAAAGGAGUAUUCUGACCCACAAAAGAAAACACUCCGACAACUACUCCAUCAGUUGGAGAAGUCUCAGAAAGCUGACAUUCAUGCCUACAGCUUUGGACAUUUAAACCAUAGGAACCUGCAUAAAAUACCAAGGCAUCACGAUACCUCAGUGUUAUGGAAGAGUGCAACAAAACCUGCUCCUUUUAAGAAAGAUAAAAAGUACAGGUCUUUUCAGCAGUUAAGUGAUGCCACUGUUAAGAAAAUGACAGCUGCAUUUGUAGACUGUCACCUGAUGAGUAGUACGGUGCCAAAAAAGCCUGCACGUCUGAGCCCUAUCUGCAAUCAUCUCAACCAAAGUAGUGCCAGAACCUCUCAGAAUAUCUGCAGUGGUUCAGCAAUCCCACAAAACAAGCCACGUUCAGAAUCCCCACACACUGAGGCACAAACUGUAUCAGAUCGUCUUGCCAAAGAGGAAUUGGAACUAUCGACCCUCAUGCUCAUAAAGCCUCGACUGCAGAAGUGUACAAGAUCAUAUAGUGCCCAUGGUCAGGACCAUUUUGUUGAAUCUUACUUGAUUGGGCUGACGAGGAAGGACCAAUUCAGUAAGCUGCUCGAAUUCGAGAAAAAUAUCCUAAUGAAGCAAGAUCUUCUAGAUAGAGAGGCACUGACUGGUUACAAAGCAGUAGCAAAGCAUGAGUGGAAGCUAACUCAUGAGCUGAUGAAGAUAGACCAUCUCCCUGGACCAAAUUUGAGACGUCUUCAGGUUUUUAGUGAUGUAUUUGAGGACAUCUGUCAGGACUCACCAAUACUUUGUGAAAUCUUAAGAGAAAUCAAGGCUGAAUAUGAUUUGUACCUGUUAUCACUCCUGGAAUCCCAGCCAACAGAUCAACACAAGAUCUUGCAGGCUGAACUCCGAGGUAUGGCUACCAGGACAGUGAAAACUCACCAUGUAGAGGAGGUGCAACAGAAAGUUUUAAGUCUGGAAGAGGAAGCGAGACUUGCAUUGCAGAGGAAUGAUGAGCUCAGAAAUGAACUUGAGGCUGAACUUUCCAAACCAGAGCACUUAUCUGAACAGCAAGAAGAGCAGUCUGAUUUGAAGGACAUGAAAACUAGAAAACAGCUGCCACUUGGCAUGGAACAGAUGUUGUCACUGAGAGACCAUAUUUUUAAAACAACAGCAAUGAUUCAAGAGCUGGAGAAUGAGCUGAAGCAUUCUAUGGUACCCUCUAUAAUCACUGAUGGUCUGCAGAGUUCUUUCAAGGAUACUCUGGGUGAAAUUGCAUACUUUCAGAAAUUCAAUGACUUUCUUCGCAGCAAAAUAAAAGCUCUUGAAAAUUAUAUAGAAAGAACUCUUAUUAGUUAUAAAAUGACAAAAGAAAAUAGAGCGAACUUCUGGUAUAUGCUCAAAGACAUUGUGGAUCCUGCUGAAAUUAGAAAAGCCAAUAUCUCUGAGGAAUGGGUCUGUCAGCUUGCUAAUUAAAGUGAGCCUCCUAAUAUAGGAAUUCUCACAAACAUCUGUUCAUUCAAAUGUGUGUACAGUGAGAGUCCUAAAUUUAGAGCAAAAUCAU